AUGCUUUCCGCCGACAUAGCAGAAGAGAUCCGCAAUGCUUUCCCGGGAACAGAGGAAAUAAUUGUACAAUACCUGUCCGGGUACCUCGUAGAUGACGCCGGCGAAGAUGAGGACGUCCUGGCCGUCGCGCGGUACAUACUGGAGUCAGUCGCUCGGGGCCGCGAAGACGUGUUGCAAAACCUCAUGGCGAAGCUGCAGACAUUGCUGGCGGACAUGCUGGAGGAGCGGGAAAGGAAGAAGAUUAAGGGAGCCACGGGGUUGACGAAGCUGGACAAGGUGAUGGACAUGAGCAAGACGGGCGCUAUGAGCAAUACCCUCGCUUUCAACGAGGGCGUGGAUCUUGAAUCGAUCAACAAAGGAAAGGCUUCUCGUGUCGAUGUCAAGAAGUUGGAGAAGCAAGAGGCCAAACUCAAGGCGAAAAUCGAGAAGAGGGCCAAGAAGAGCUUGUACGAGGGCUCUAAGCUGGUGCAGCAGGCGAAGAACCAGCAAUCAUACGAGGAAAUGUUUAUGAAGAUCAACCCCCUCGAAGCAAGCGCUGGCUCGAAGAACAAGAGCAAGGAUAUCCACCUUCCCUCUAUCGACGUCAGCUUUGGUUCGAACCGUAUUCUGUCCGGCGCAAGUCUUACAUUGGCUCAUGGAAGGCGAUAUGGUCUUAUUGGUCGCAACGGUGUCGGAAAGUCGACCCUACUUCGACAUAUAGCUAUGCGUGAAGUUCCCAUUCCAUCUCACAUUACAAUCCUCUUCGUCGAACAGGAGAUCGUUGGCGACGAUACCACCGCACUCGACUCCGUUCUCAAGGCCGACGUAUGGCGGGACCAUCUCCUCCACGAAGAAGCCAUCCUCAAUUCUAAACUCGCAGAGCUGGAAGGCGAGGGCGACGACAAGCGAUUCGAAGAUGCGCGCGAAGAGGCAUCGACGAGGCUGGCGGAGGUGCACCAGAGGCUGGCGGAGAUGGAAGCAGAGAGUGGUCCCGCGCGGGCGGCCGCCUUGCUCGCCGGAUUGGGUUUCAGCGAGGAGGAUCAGAAGAGACCGACGAGGAGCUUCAGUGGUGGUUGGCGUAUGCGGCUUGCGCUCGCGCGGGCGCUGUUCGUCAAGCCCUCGUUGCUGCUGCUCGAUGAGCCUUCCAAUCACAUCGAUUUGAACGCGCUGGCGUGGCUAGAGGACUACCUCCAAACCUGGCCUGGUACACUUCUCGUCGUAUCUCACGAUCGUGCAUUCUUGGACGCCGUUGCGACGGAUAUCAUACACCAACAUUCUGGUCGCCUCGAUUAUUACAAAGGCAAUUUCACUCAGUUUUACUCGACCAAAUCGGAGCGGGAUCGCAAUCUGCGAAAGGAGUACGAUACUCAGAUGGAGUACAGGAAACAUCUGCAGGCUUUCAUCGAUAGGUGGAGAUACAACGCCAAUAGGGCUGCCCAAGCCCAGUCGAAGAUCAAGAUCUUGGAAAAGUUACCGGAGUUGACGCCACCAGAGGCCGAGGAGACCGAGAAGUUCAAAUUCGCCGAGGCGGAGAAGAUUUCACCGCCGCUAUUACAACUUUCCAAGGUUUCCUUCGGUUACAGUCCGGAUAAGAUCAUCCUCAAAGACAUCGACUUUGACGUCGGCCUUGACUCGCGUAUGGCCGUCGUCGGCGCAAACGGUGCAGGCAAGUCUACAUUGAUCAAGCUCCUCAUCGGCGAGCUGCAACCGCUCUCUGGACAGGUCAAUCGUAACGGCCGGCUGCGCAUCGGCUACUUCGCUCAACACCACGUCGAUACCCUCGACCCAACGCUCACGCCGGUUUCCCUCCUCGCCUCCCGCUUCCCCGGGAAGAGCGAACAGGAGUACAGACAACACCUUGGCAACUUCCAAAUCAGUGGUAUGACUGGAUUACAACUUAUUGGAACGCUAUCGGGAGGUCAGAAAUCCCGUGUCGCAUUCGCAGCGCUGUCUUUGCAAAACCCGCAUGUGUUAUUGUUGGACGAGCCUACAAACCAUCUCGAUAUGGAGGGUUUGGAUGCCCUCAUGGCGGCCCUUAACACCUGGAACGGCGGUGUCAUCCUCAUCUCUCACGAUGAGCGAUUCAUCACCAGCGUCGGUAAAGAGUUAUGGGUAUGUGGUGAUGGCGCGGUUACGAAGUUCAAGGGCGACGUGCAAGCGUACAAGAGUCUUAUUGUCAGCAAUAUCAAGACGAAGCCAUGACAACGCUACUAGACUUGCGGAUGGGCGCAAAGCCAUCUUCUUGCGUUUGCGUUGCGCUGCUGUUGUAUUCUACUCUCAGUCAAAUGGAAGAUUGUUUCCGCGCACCAUUUGUGGGCUUAUUGAGGCGUGAUUCUCGCUGUGAACGUGCACGGCGACGGCCACAUCAGUCAGGUUUCAUGUUGCCCUCGUAGUUUCAGCAUCUCGCAGUUGGCCGGUUCGCGGAC